UCAUUCCGAACGGCGGAUUACAACGCUUUCCUUGCCCUCUGUUAAAGGGUAUAAGGAAGCGCUCAUUUCUGUACCUUGAGACCUGAUUUAGCAGACAAUUCAAUGCGCUGUCAGCUUCCAUCACAUGCAACAUCAUGCCAGGCCUUCAACCUUGUAAUUAGGCGAAUUAGAUCAACAGUAGUACAUUGUCCGAGGUUCUAGGGCGUGAAUAAGCCCCAGCUAGAGACACGCCAAACCAGACAGACAAAGACUAGCCCGGAGCUGCGCCUAGGCCUACGCCCUAUGGGCCCCUCCGCUGUCGUCAGCAGAUCCCGCAUGUCAUCGAGACCCACUCAGCCCUGUUCUCGUCUGUACGGGCGAGACUAGUUUCCACUGUAACCAGAAGCGUCACCAGUCUGCUGGGGUCGCCUUGAUGGCGAUGUGUGGUUGAAGGAACCACUCAAGCCAAAACCUGGGGAGCAUGGGCAGACAUUUUCUGGCGUCUUGGCUCUGGAGUCUGGGCGGCUGGUGCCGUUCCUCUCUAGCGCGCUUUGUCAAAGCAUUUUGGCACGACUUCCACGGAAGCUCCAAUGGCUUAGCCGAGGGCCUAAGACGAAGGAACCAAGCCGUAAGAUUGGAGCCGGUAGCGAAAUCCUCCCAAAACUCGGCCUUGACGGCACAAGGGCGUGUCCGCAACCGGAGCCGGCCUGUGAUUGCCUGGCUGCGAACGUAGCUGUACUCCGUACUUUACCUAGCUAAUUAACGUCCUCCAUUUGUAACACCAGUGAAUCCAAGCCGUGGGCCUGUCGCGAUGUGCACCGGGUUCAUGGCGGACGUGUAGCAACAUGCAGCUAGCUGCGAUCCGCCGCAAAUCAUGACUUGGAUCGGUCCGACCGCCGACCGACCGACCGUCAUGGCGCACGAGCGAGGUGGCAUUGAACCACAAUGGCGGGCUGGGCUGGGCUCAGUUGGUCGGGCUGAUGCGCGAGAGCUAGGUGUCUGUUCGCUGUCGUCUGUCAGCCCCUUUGGGCUCUUUGAGAUUUGAGAUUUUAAGCACCAGAGGGAAAACGUCUGAGCGGUGUCCCGGGGAACCAGGCCGCCUCAAACGGCGCCCCGGUUUUGUGUUUGGGUCUCGUAAUUGAUGCGCAGCUGGGCGGCGAACGGACGAGCUGUUUUCCUCUUUGCGGGCUAGGGUUGGUGCCUGUGGAGGUGCUG